AUGUGUGAUUUAUUUUUAAAUAGGAAAAUAAUAUUAUGUACGCUAUUUUUAGUAUGCUUAAAAUUUCGUUAUGUAUUAAAUAAUGGAAUUGUAAAACAUAAUCACUUCCAUAAAAAUGUUAAUCGAGAUGAGAAAAAGAAAAAAAAUUUAUACAGACAACCAUUAUAUAUAUUAAAAUAUAAAAUAUAUAAUAAUAAAAAGAAAUUUAAAUUAAAUAACUGGUACAAUUCUGAUAAAAAAAGACCUGAAAGGAAACUAGAACCUUAUGAAUUAAAUAUAAGAAAUGAUAAAAAAUUUCCAAAAUAUUCUAAGAAACCAGUUAGUCCUUCGUCUAAUUUAAAUAAUUUUUCUCCAUUUAAAAAUAUAAUUAAUAGUUUUCAACCAGUGGAUCAUGAUAUAAAAAAUAAACUGAGAGAAGAAGGUUUUCAAUUUGAAAGUGAAAGGAAAGAAACUAAUAUGUUUCCUUCAUUAGAUGAAAUUAUUAAAAAUGGAGAUCCAUCAACUAAUAUGCAUUUUUAUAGAAGAAAGAAAUUGAAGAGCUUAUUAUAUAGUGACCCAUUUAAGUUUGUAAAAGGUAGAAAAGUGGUAGAAAAAUAUAAUAGAAGUGUACCUGAAGAAAAACGAUUAAAUUAUGACAUGUUCAGGUGUGAUAUAUUUUAUGUGCAUUCGGACGGAACUAUAAUGAACAUUGAAGAGGAUAGACCACCAUUUGAUAAAAAAUUGGAGGAAAGUGAUAGAUAUAAAGAACCAAGAUAUAUUAUAUCUACAGCGCCGGGACAUGCCAAGAAAAAUAACUUAAAGAUUGGUGAUAAGUUCCCCAUAAUAACCGAAGAAAACAAAAAGAAAAUAUUCGACAAUCAUUUUGCUAGGCCAAAGAAAAUGAGAGAACCAUUAAUAUUGCCAGAUGGAAGGAAAAUACCAUAA